GUUAUAUUCGUAAGAAACCAGCGGUUUUGUUUAGUUUGGACCGCUGCUUUGCUGAAUUUAUUCACGGAGAUAAAAUUCCCUUGGUGAAUGCGAAGCAGAUAUGUUUUGAAGGUUAUCAACAAAUGCGGAAGCGGUUCCACCGAGUGACGUCCUUGCAAUGUACUUUCAUUUUCAAUAUAAGAAGUUGUUUUCCUGCUUAUAACGCGCAGUGUAGUUUGUGACUUAAGACAUAAACUCAGGACUUGUGAAGACAUAAAAUGCAGCGUUGGAGGGACAGAGUUGCUGUUGUGACAGGUGCCAGUUCCGGAAUUGGAGCUGCAAUAUCCCUCGAGUUGGUCAAACAUGGUCUUCGGGUUGCUGGGCUUGCGAGACGCGUCGAUAAGGUUCAGGAAUUGGCAGAUAGUCUAGCUGGGAGUCCAGGGAAGUUACACCCGAUCAAAUGUGACAUCUCAAAGGAGGAAGAUAUUCUUCACGCCUUUUCGGAAGUGAAGGAAAAACUGGGAGGCGUGGAUAUUCUCGUAAACAACGCGGGGGUGGUACACGAGACGCUGCUAUCAGAUGGCAGCACCGACGAUUGGUUCAAUAUGUUCCAUGUGAACGUGCUCGGUUUGUCCAUCUGCACACGCGAGGCGCUGAAGAGCAUGAGGGAACGGAGCAACGGCGGCGGACACGUGGUACACAUCAACAGCAUUGCAGGACAUUACGACGUGUCGGCUCCGGGUUUCCAUAUGUAUUCUGCAACUAAGCACGCCGUCACAGCCUUGACUGAGGGUCUGAGAAAGGAACUCGUGUCUCAGCACUCAAAUAUUCGCGUCACGAGUAUCAGCCCAGGCUUAGUAGAUACGGAGCUGUUACGCCAUGGGUCUAACAAGACAUUAAACCCAGAAGAAAUAUACACCAGAAUACCGUGUUUGAAACCCAGUGAUAUUGCAGACGCUGUGCUGUAUGUUCUGGGUACUCCACCUCAUGUUCAGAUUCAUGAGCUGACUAUAAAACCUGUUGGGGAAAUAAAUCUCUGAAAACAAUUCAGCAUCUUUGGAAUGUGUGUAUUAUAAGUAACCAAAUAAUGCAAGAAGUGAAAACGCAAUUAGUUUCUCUGUAAACUAGCAGUGUUCAAUAAUAUUUUCUUUCUUAAAUUCUCCAUGGAUUAAGUAAUGAAAUAUCUGCCAGGCUCGUCUUAAUAGUAGGUGAGAACAAACUGGCUUUGAUAAUGAAAUAUUAACAAUCCUGUUGCAUUGUUUUGCAAAUAUUUAUGUUACAUAAUUAGGUCUAUAAAAUGAGAAACCAGUGUAAAAUAAUUCUAUAAUAAAACCAUAUCAGUUCAUCUGGGAUUGCCACCAAACUCUCAUGGAACUUGAAUUGAA